AUGGAAGCAAGCCUGGAUGUGUGGGACUGGGAGGUCCUGCCAGACAACAGGAGCUUCUCGAUGAGCCGUGACAGCAAGAAUCUUGAUGAUCAAGAAACAGAGGAACAUGAUCUGCUGCCUCCGUCAGAAGACGUUGAUGUGCAUGUGCCUGUCGACGAGUGCAAGGACAUCGGCGUUGUGACUGAUGAGACCAAACCAGUGCCCAGUUAUGUUGCCGAUCUGAUGGCCUCUGACGACGGAGGCGAGGAAGAGAAGAAGGCCUUCCAGAGCCUCCCUGAUGCCAAGGAGACCGCCGCCGACGCCGACAACGACAAGUUUGCUCAAGAGGAUGAAGAAGAAGAUAUCAAGAAGGAGGACAGCAACGACGACAAGGCGCGGCCGCCGCAGUGCGUGGUGUUCAGCGUGGGGAAGCUGAAGGUGAACGGGAUCGGCGCGCUGUGCUCGUUCGGGGUCGCGGCCGCCUCCGUCUGCAUCUUCCUCAUUGGAGGCAGGCUGCAGCAUCACCACCGGCAGCAGGAGCAGCAGAAGAUCCAGCUGCAGUUCUACGGCGAUGAUAAGAGGAUCCAGCAAGUGGUGCAGCAGACAUCGAGGCUGAACCAGGCGAUGUCGUCGGUGAUGGGGGCAGGAGGAGCUUCCACGAGGGCCAACAUAUCCUUCGGUGGCUUCUACGAUGGAUUCUGA